AUGAUUUUGCCCAAACCUGGGAUCUAUUACUUCCCCUGGGAGGUCAGUGCCGGCCAAGUUCCUGAUGGGGACACACUGAGAACGUUUGGCAGGUUGUACAGCUACGACAUGACAAAGUCCCGAGUGACCCUGAUGGCUCAGCACAGAUCUGACCAGCACCCGAUCCUCGUCUGUACCAAGUUGGUGGAACCGUUCCAAGCCCAGGUGGGCUCCCUCUACAUGGUCCUUGGGGAGCUGGAGCAACAGAAGGAUGGAGACUGCGUGGUGAAGGCCCGGGUGCUGACUUGUGUGGAAGGAAUGAAUCUCCCCUUGUUAGAACAAGCCAUCCGGGAGCAGAGGCUGUACCAACGAGAGAGGGACAGCAGCCAGUAG